UUCAGUCCGGUCUGAUCAGUGCAACAGCCGGCAGGACUAACCGGAGCAGCAAUCACGGUUCAGCUCUGAUUUACCUGCGGAUGAAUCAUUUACAACAAAGUGAACCGGGUGCAAACGAGCAUUCACCUGCAGGACUAUGGAAGCAAACCAGAAGCUCUACCAAAUCAUUUAAAAAACGGACUUUAACCUGCAGGAUUUAAAAGCCUCAUUUAAUCUGGAUUGGAAUGACUGAGCACCUUGGAGAACCGCGGAAGUUAAAAUAUCCCUAAAGGAGGAUGAAUGUGAUUUUUCUAACAGUUUUAACGCCAUUUUUUGCGUUUUUAAACCUAUUUUAAAACACCUGAAGGUUGGACAAAUGACACUGGCGCUUAGCCUACAGAAAACGUGAGCAUGUAACGUUAAUGUGAAAGUUUACUACAAGAUUUAACGGCGGAUUUAAAUCCUGAGAUUGGCAUAUUUUUUUGCCAAACUUUUAAACUUUUAUCUUCAGAUUUCCAUCAGCACCUUCCCUUAAAGACUGCCGUGAAGAAGAGAUCUACACAACGACUGAAAAUUAACGGGAUAAAUAAUUCAGCCGCGGUGGAAGUGGAUGACCUGCUGCGAGAGGAUGGCUUGUUGGAAAGAUGGCACCACUCUCCUGCUGCUUCUGCUCCUGCUCGUCCUGCGCCCGGUCAGCGGGCGGUUGCCUCGGCACCGGAGCUUAAGGAAAGCUCGAGGGCAUCAUGAACACCGGCCGCAACAAAACAUCACACUGGCUGUCAUCUUACCGCAGAGCAACACAGAUUAUCCUUGGGCUUGGCCUCGCAUCGGCCCCGCCUUGGAGAGGGCCGUCAGGAAUGUCAACGCCGACCCCACCCUGCUCCCUGACCAUCAACUCGUCUACGCCUUCAAAAACAGCGAGAACAAAAACGGCAUCUGCUCCGAGUCCAUCGCCCCGCUCAUGGCCGUGGACCUGAAAUUCGCCUACGACCCCUGGGCGUUCAUCGGACCCGGCUGCUCCUACACCGCCUCCCCCGUCGGCCUCUUCACCACCCACUGGGAUGUUCCCAUGGUGACGGCAGGCGCCCCGGCUGUGGCCUUUUACGGUGGUGUCUACCCGUCCAUCACCAACACAGGCCCCACCCACAAGAAGCUUGGGAAGUUCGCCCUGCGGAUCUGCGAGCACUUUGGGUGGCGGGAGCACGUGAUGCUCAUGUUCAACGACAACAAGGAGGAUGAUCGGCCGUGUUACUUUGCAGUGGAGGGUUUGUUCACGGAGCUGAAGAGCAUCAACAUUUCCCUCGUCGACAGAGUUUGA